AUGGAGAAGUUUAGCCAGUUCCGCGACAAAGGCUCGGGCAUCUCGCCCUUCAUCCCCGUCAAGACGACCCUUUCUCCCCUCUCCUCCGUCUUCCACACCUUGCUCUUCUUCGUCCGCCUCCCCAUCUUCCUUACUUACGCGGCAACCUAUUUCCUAUUCCUCCAACACCUCUGCCCCUUCCUCCCCGUCGCCGUCCGCAAAGUCCUCCUCUGGGGCAUGAUGGGCAUCCCGGGAAUAUGGUGGGUCGACCUCCAGCUCGACGGCGUCCGCCGCGGCACCCUCGCCGACCAACCCCCGCAGCGCUUCCCCCACCCCGGCUCUGUCAUCGCCGCAAACUUCACCUCCCCGAUCGACGCCGUCUAUCUCGCCGCCAUCUUUGACCCAAUCUUUACAAUCUCCUACCCAAACACCAGAUCCGUCGAGCGGAUCUCCCUCCUCCGCGCCGUCUUCUACGCCCUCUCCCCCGUCCGCUUCGCGCCCCCGCCAGCAACCCGGGGCGCAAAGCUCACCGACCUCGCCGCCCUCCUCGAGCGCUACCCGGACCGCGUCGUCGCCGUCUUCCCCGAAGGAGGCACCACAAACGGCAAGGGCGUCCUCCCCUUCACGCCAUCCCUCCUCGCCGUCAGCCCCGAAGUCCACAUCUUCCCCGUCAGCAUCCGCUACACCCCCGCCGACGUAACGACCCCCGUCCCCGGCCGCUGGUUCAAGUUCCUCUGGGACCUCCUCUCCCGCCCGACGACCUGCAUCCGCGUCCGCGUCGCCGAAAGCAUCCUCAACUCCUCGGCCGCCCAGACGAACGGCGUCUCGUCCUCCGUUGCCGCCGAGACCGGCUCCUCCGCGCAACGACGACUCGGGGCAGGGGGCGAUGCGCCGGUGGCGCUGUCGAUCGAGGAACAACGGGUGCUGGACAAGGUCGGCGAGGCUCUGGCCAGGUUGUGUCGGAAUAAGCGUGUCGGUCUGACGCUGCGGGAUAAGUCUGCCUUUAUCGAGGCGUGGAACGGGCGGAAGUGA